AUGUCUCUCUUACUUCCUGAAGUCAAGGCCGUUUCUCUAGGAUCCAGGUUGGUCCCCAAGUCCAAGGACGUCGACGUGUCCAAUGACUAUGGCACCCCCAAUUUACUCUUUCUUUACUACGUUCCCUUCCUGCCUGAUGAGAGAAAAGCGGACCUUGACGCCAUUCAAGACGAGUUUCAAUCUUGGAAUGCGUGGGAACUCGGACAAACAGAAACACAGGUUAAUGAACAUCUUGCAGACGGUAAACUGCCGUCUGACGACUCGAUUGCCUCUCGUGUCGCCAGGAACGGCUAUCGGGCUAAGGUAGUGACAUUUUUUAGGGAGAACAGUGAGGGAUCGCUCACCCCAAAGCAGACAUUGGAAGAUGAAAAGGAUAUUAACGCAACCCCAGAGAGUGUCCAUGGCAUUAUUCUUCAGGAAUUGCUGACCCAUUAUGUCAUCCCCAAUGAUGCACUGGAGCAGUUCGGGGUUGUUCUCAGAGCUAUCAGUGGAAGCAUCGACAUAGAAAGGGUGAAUCAAUUCUUCUUCACCCAUGUCUACUACAAGUACGAUGCUGAUCAGAAGAGAUUUCUGCCGGACGUGCGCGAUACUUCCUUCACCGUCUCGAAAAAGCAAGACGGGAAUCCUAAGUAUGGCAAGGAUGACAAAGACAAUUUUACGGUAGCUUUUGGCUAUCAUGAUACAGUUUACAGCUUUGAUAGGAAAUUCUGGAGAGAACAUCGGCAUGAGGCGGAGGAAGCCAUUGCACAAGGCGAGCCUAUCCGCAAGCAGAUGUCGUUGGAAUUCUAUGUCAAGAAUGGAUGAGUGAUUUUACCACAGGCAAU